AUGUCUAUCCGCUACAGUUAUCUACCAGGCGUCCUGCCGGAACGUACCCGAUCUGCGACUUCCGCAACUGCCGCGGCCCGAGCAGCAUUGAUGACCCGAGCAGGCACAGAGGAUGCUGAGGAGGAAGAGGAUGCUGAGGAGGAAGAGGAAGAAGAGGAGGACGAGAUGGUGGUCGUUCCAUCGCCGGUAGCGGCGGGCCAGGCGAGUGCUCGCGAGGCUGUAUCAACAGCAACAUUGGAUGUGAGCCCCUCUGAGUUGGCCCUUGCGCGCCGCGUAUAUCUGCGCACGGAUGCGCAAAUGGCCAAGUGGAAAGCCACUCAGAAAAAGGACCCGACGCGGCCGGGAUGGGGAACUGAUGGCUGUAUCUGGCAUGAAGACUGGACGGCGGUCCGGGUCGAUAUCGAUGUGUGGAGUCGUCUGCAACCGGCCCGUACGACUGUGGACUGGAGGAAUCCGAAGUCAUUGAAGCCUCUGACCGCUGACAAAACGUCCAAACGUAUUCGGCGCGUUGUGAUGGCGCAUCUCGCAGGAAUCACGGCGCCCCCAGGGUUAUCGUGUGACUCUUGUAUGAGAAGGAAGACUGGGCUCCUAUCGUGUCGGGUCGUGUUCGUUGCAGACCUCUCAGCGGGAGAGAAGUUUUCGUUCGGCUGGGGUUGCACAGGAUGUGAGCUUACGGGAACUUUAUAUAGGUGCUCCUUUCGGGCGCAGGAGUUUGCGUCCACCCCACAGUGGUUGUUCAACCUUGUCAUGGAACUGGAUCCUGCCGAUGUGCGAUUGUCUUCACCUGGCCUGGCUCGGCAUCGGGCUGCUUGGGAGGCCAGCAAGGGCCGGCCCCUGCCGGAUAUCGUCAGGACCAAUAUUGGGUCCGCGGUCCUGACUGGCGGUGCACGACCAUGUGCAGGAAAACGACGCCGAGAAGAUCGGUCGGAGGAGACUGCGGAGACCGCAAAGGCUGUUCGCAAGAACCCUUCUCGUGCGUCUGCGGCCCGAGCGGCUCCGAGGGAAUCGCCCCUGCUUAGUAGUCAUUCCGUGGCUCCUGUCAGUCCUGCUGGUUCAUCCCGCCGUGGUGCUUCUGGCAACUAUCCGCGAAUUAUAGUUCCGCCGCUGUCAUCCGUGACCGGUGGGCCUCGUGCACCGAAGAGUGGAACUUUUCAGCGAGAAGUGACAUAUCUGCCAUCUCCGGCAGAAGAAACGAAGGCAGAGCAGAGAGCGAGAGGAGUGCCUUCCGGGAAGCGAAGUAGCACUUCGGAUAUGCGCGUGCCCGCGUAUGUCAGUGCAAAUCCGUCCUUUGGGCCCACGUAUGACGCGAAUUGGUAUACUUCUCCGUGUGAUGUGCGCUCGAUUGUCCGCGCACAGGACCUGCAGGGUACCAAGGAUGUGUACUACCGUUUGCAAGAGAUCGCAGCGCGAGUGGAGCAUGAUCGCCAGAUCUUGAAAGUCGCUCUUCAGAAACAGGAUUUGACUUUCGCUUCCGAUGACGAGGAUGAAGACAAGGAAGAUUUGCCCGAUCUGUUUGCCUUCACUAGAGGGGGCGUCGGUGUUGGGGAUCUGGUGGACGACAGCCAACCGCACUGGCUCCGUCGGAUGGCUUUGCAGGAAUGA